AUGAGCGCCGACUGCACGAGUUACAUGAACGCCGACAAGGUGCUGGUCAGCGCCUUCAGCUGCCCGGGGGAGGACGGCGAGCCCGGCUCCAUCUACUGUUGCGGCUUCCAGGACCUCAAGUAUUGUUGCGAUGACCCGAACAGCUUCUUCCCCUACGAGCACAACUACAUGUGGUGGCUCAGGUGAGACGAGGAGGCAGGCUGGGGGGCUGCCCGCCCAGUCCACCACAGCCAAGACCCUUUGGUGUGAGUGUGUGUGUGGAAUUAGUGGAAUGCGCUCUGCACACGCUCAGAGGUUGUAGAAUGAUUCUGUGCCCGUUUCAGUGUAGCCUUAGCACCAGGCUAAGCUUUGGCACUAAGUUAAGUUGAGCCACUAGCAGAGAGGGAAUGUGUGUGGCAGGGGUGUGAAUGUGCAAACUGGGAACUUUCUGCAAUCUAAACCGAUUGCUUAGAGCUUGUAUUAUUUUAGGAGGGGAUUUUUUACCCCUGUUUUAGCAACCUUGUAGCAGCAGCAGUGUGAGAGGAUCGUCACUUUGCAGCGAGACAAAGAGGUAUGCUCAAGAGACGACUUAACAUAUAAUACCGUAAUUUCCCCUCUUGUCCUUUGAAUCAUUGUAUAUCUAUUACUGGCAACAACCAGGGUGACAAAAGGAUGGGUUCUCUGAGACUCCAAUGCAUGCCUUUUCAUUAACUCUGAUUAAUAUUAGUGGUACAGAACAGGAGAAUGGUAGCUACUAGCCUAGUCUAAUUAAUCCAAAUGAAAGAUUUGUCUCUUUGUAGAAAUAACUCAUCAUUAAUAAUUGGCGAAAGAGUUUUCUUAACAAGAAUCUGAUUUGGUUCAAACUUAAUCCAGGUGGUUUUAGGCAAGUCAUGUUAUAUUCACAGUGCAAUCCUAUGCAUUUCCACUUCGAAGUAAAUCCCGUUGAAUUCAGUGAGGCUUACUCCCAGAUAAGUGGGUACAGUAUAAGCUUGUAGCCUCCAUGUUGCAUUUGCAAUAUGGAUAGUGUAGCUGUGGCAAGGCUUUGUGCAGCCUUGGAAAAGUCCACCUGAGUUAACAAGCUGAGGGGGCAGGGGGAGGCAGAAUCUCUUGUCUAGUCCUCCAAUAUAUUAUUGUAUUUACUUGUGCUCAAAAGAGGAACAAACUAUUGUAGAGGUUUCCCUGCCUGGUUACCUGGAGGUGAUUAAUAAUUGUCACAGGCAACCAACCCUGUGAGUGGUUUACAACAAGCCUGUACUAAUACACAGAAAACACUUUGAACACUUUUAAAAAAGUUAUAUGUUACUGCUAAGUUUGUAUGAGUAAAAGAUAAAAAGAUUUCUCCAAUCUGAAGAGAAACCAAAGUAUUGAAUAAGUUUAUAUUUUUAAGGAGUAUCAACUGUGAUCACCUGGAUAUUGAGUAAAAGAGUAUUUGCAAAUGACAUCUUGUGGGUGGGAUCCUGCCUCCCCAUCAUGUGUUCAGUGACACCUACUGUACAUGCAGACAUCACUAAGUACUGUGGCCAAAUAAGUAGCUCCUAGGAGGCAUAGCCUUGCAAAUGUAUCAUCAAAGUUGAAGCUUUCUGGAGCUUAAAACUGUCAUAGUAAGCAAUUGUGAGUUUUAAGGCUUAGACUUCUGACACCAUGCUGAGUUAUUUCAGAAAAGUAGACAGACCAAAUAGCUACCGACAAGAACAGCUAUUUUAUUGUCAUGACUAGUCAAAAACAGCAGCACUUUCAAUGCUGACAGCAUUAUUAGGGAUGGGAUGUCAACUAUGGUUGGAAUAGCAACAUAACACUUAAAGUUCCUCAUUACACUCUCUCCUCUGCCAGUUUCUUCCUCAGAAGUAACAGAUGCCAUCUCAAAACAAGAAUAUCAAUCAUCAGUGACUGAAUUUAGGUACUAAUCUAUGCAGGCAGAUGGUGCUACUACAUUUCAUGUGAGAGAAGUCCACCUCACAGAAUACAAAAUUUCUACAGCAAAGGCUGUGUAGGAAUUAAAUUCCUGUGUAGGAGUUAAAAAGAAACCUGCGGAAUUUCACUUUUUUCAUAUUAAAAAGUAAUAAUUUUAUACAAAGGAUCAUUCAAAAUAAUGAUCCUCCGCAUGUGGUCUGAAGUGGUACAGUCCAUACCUUGGGACUCUACACCUGUUUCUGUUGCAUGCGAAGACCAGACCAGCAACAUGGAAUCUACAGUGGGGGCCUGUGGCAAAACAUUUGCUUCAGCACACCACUUCUGUUUUAGUCCAUUUAGAACUGAAUAUCACAAUGGGUGUGUGUGGCUGACAGGCAUAUUGUCCUUCCUGCAGCAGAAGGUUGGACUAGAUAGCUUCAGUCCCCUUCUCUCUCUCUGAGUCUAUGUUUAUCUCCCCGGGAAUAGUGAAGGAAUGUGUUUGCUGUAAAUUGCAGGUCUAGCAACAAAAGGCUAGGAUUUAUUCUUGUAGAAGGAAGGUGUACAUGCAAUGUUUUUCUAUAGGCAUUUUGCAUAUCAAUACUUCCUGUACCUAAUAAAUGGGGGGAGUAUCAGUUUGCAUUUUCUCAGUACAGAAAGUAUUGUUCUGAUGUGUAAAAAUCUUUCCUAUUCUACUUAAUUCAAGAGGGUUCUGGAAGCUUCUCUGUGUGAAAGAAACAAGCAGAAGGUUCAUGAUGUUUGGGUUAUUCCUUCAGAGAAGCUGAGUACAGCUGGUUUAAACUGGAUCUCUUUUCUGUCAAGAUCAUGCUGACUAUAAAAGUAAGGCCAGAAGGAGCCUGGGUUUCAGUUUCUCUUUCUUUCUCUUUUCCUUCUGGUGUGGUGUUCUGUAUAUAGUGUUAAGUUUUAGUCUUAUUAUAAGUUAUUGUAACUAGAUUUCUUAUGGACAGUGCCAAUCCUGAUUGUAUUGGAUUUGUGACCAUUAUGCUCAUUUGCCUUCAGUAGCAGUAAAGCUCUGCUGGAUAAAAUACAAUUGCCUCUGAUCUAUUUUUUGGGAAUCCUGCAUAGUGUUUAAGUUUUUACUCUGCUAACUAUACGUUGGAGUUCUGCUCUGGAUCAAUAAGAGUAGAAUUUCAUGACAAAUUCAGUUCCCAUGAGAAUAUUAAAGACAAAUCAGUUUAUCUCUAUUCUGUCAAAUCAUCUGUCUUCCUUCUUUAAGUACAUGUGAUGCUGAUGAUUUCUUGUUGUGGUGGGCUUGACAAUGCUCCUAGAAUGUCCAGCACAUUAAAUUCUGUUGCUUUCUUUUCUCAGUGUUGGAGCACUUAUUGGCUUGUCAAUUGCAGCAGUGGUCCUGCUGGCUUUUAUCAUCACUGUGUGCGUUCUUUGUUACUUGUUUAUCAGCACGAAGCCACAAAGCAAGCUGGAUAGAGGCCUCAGUUUAAGCUUACAGUCAGCAGGUAAGAGCUCUUCAUUCAGCAGAGAACAUUCAGAUGUUUCUUUAGUAGUUCCAGGAUUCCUCACCACCUGGGUUUUUAAAUUGUUCUGAUAUCAAGCAGUCUCAAAUUUUCGCCUCUAAAUCAACACUAAGCUCUCUGAGUCUUCCAAAUUCAGAUGGCUCAGGCAACAUUUAUUCCUUCUUGAAGUUCCAGAGGCAAAAAAAUAUUCAGACAGUAUGUAGCAGGAGAACAAGUAGCACAUUGUGCAAUAGAACAGUCACUCAGCACAACAGUGAAAAGCAGCAAGCCAAUCACAGGGCUUCAUUUUGUGCUCAUUAGGAAAGGAAGGGAAUGGGCUGUUGCAUAGCUUGUUGGAAAAGACGCACACCUGGACUGGGAGGACUUAGCAGUUCUCUUAGAUCUUGCCUCCAUCAUGUUAGGGAAGACCUUAUCACCAUUUGAGAGCUAUGGCCUGACCUAUAAACUGAUCGCCACAGUGUCUUCCUGUCUUUAAAUACAAUAUCAGAAGACUUAUCUGAUGCGUUUUCUGGUGUCAGUGUUCUCUGAUAGUGUAGUGUAGUUCAUCCUGGCAGUUAGGGGAACAUGGAUGAUAGUUGACAGAUCCUUGAUUUCGAAGUGUGGUCAUAAUCCCACACUGUUAGUGCUCUGCAACUCCAAAACUGGUGCUGGGUCCAGGACUACAUUCAGAUGCCGAAUCUGAUUACCAAAUGCAUGGUAGCCACCUUAAUCAUGGGCAUCCCCACACUAUACAAAGCAUGCAGCUCCCUUGCCCAUAACCACAACUGCCUGGUCUGGCUUCAGCUGCAGACUAAAGGCUCCCAUUGAUGUUAGCAAGUUCUGGUUCAGGCUAAUCAUCACCUAUUUCUAUUCCUUCAUUACUGCUGACAUACAGAAAAUAAGACCAAACAAACUCAUAUCAAAGCUCAUAUUGAAAAUGUUCAUAAAUGACAGGAGCCAACAUUUCUUUAAAAAGAGACGUCCUGCUCACCUUCUUGCAGAGUAUUAUAAGCCAUGCUGCAGGAGCCGCAGAGAAAUUCUUUCUAAUAUGAAAGAUUUCCUGAUCCCAACAGAGAGAUGUGGAAAGAUCUUUGAGGUACAAUCAUAUUAUAGAGAAUUCUGUCAGCUCUCUUAUUUUAUUUUAAUUAGCAAAAACACCUAAUACUCUUUUUUUUAAAGGCAAAGUUGAGCCUGACAGAAACAGCAAGCUACCUUCUUUACUCCCCUUUUUUUUUGUUAAAAGGUUCCUAAUGGGACAUUCUCUAGAGAUGGCAAGCAUAUCAGCCUGCUAAUUAAGAGAUUCUUAGUCCUAGUUGUCUCAUCCUUAGGCAACAGACCUACUCAAUUUAAUUCAAUUCCAGAUGAAAACUUUUUGUUCUGUGAAUUCAAGGGAACUGUAUUGAUUAUCCUCUGAAAUUGGAACUAAACCCAUCAUUAGUCUCCAGCUAUUUUUCUAGUUAUUAUUUCAAUCUUUUGAAAUUGGAGGGGGCAGUUGUGGUGUUUCACUAAAGCUCUAGCAGCAUAUAUACUGUCAACUAGUGGUGCAGCAAUAUGACUGCUAGCACAUUUGCAAAGCUAAGCAUGAUCCAGGAUGGUUUCAAAUUGUAUGGGAGGGGGGCAUGUGUUGAGAUUCCUGCAAUGCAGGGAGUUGGACUAGAUAACCCCCAGGGUCCCUUCCUCUGCUCUGCUUCAUGGCCCUGUGAUGUAGGCUGCUUCUCCAGAUCCUCCAAAGAGGUUUCCUUCAGUGAGGUCAUGACAAAACCUCCCAUCUGGAAGCACCCCCUUUCUGCCUCAUAUGUCGUCAUAACUAUGGUAAAGCAGUUGAUUUUGUGGAACUUUAUCUACCAUCAAAAAACACCAGGUCACAGCAGAAAAGAUGACUUAACAGUCAAUGGACUAGAAAAGGAAUAAGCUUUAAUGUCCGUCUUUGAGCAACAAUUGCUUGUGGGUACAGAUACAGCAGCAGACAUAUUGGUCUAAUUAUUAAAGGAACUUCAGAAUCAGAUAAACUCAUUUAUUUCCUGUUUUUUCCCUUAAAAGAAUGACCUGGGGAAAGAUCACUAAGUGGCACAUUUGGUAACUAUGACAACCUUAAUUAGGUUGAUUUGAAAUAUAUAUAUGUGAAUUUGAAGUUUUCCAGCUUGUUGAAAAUGAUUAUUAUACUCUUGAGUGCGUUAACUUAAAUUUGUUGAUACCUGUUCUUAUCUCUCUCUUAAUUAUAAAGUUAGCUGAUGAUCAAGUUGCUUUAUCAUAACUGGAUAUCUGUUCAUUUCCUUUGGAACUAGUCAGUCAUUCUUUGAAUGUCCCUAAUCUGCUUAAUUAGAAACAGUAAAACUGUUGAAACUUUCUACUUGGCCUUUUUAAGUGGUAAAUCUGAGGCUUUGAGGAACAGCUGACACUCUGCACAGUAAGUGUUAAAAGGCCAAAUACACAAAUUGACUUUGGUGCCUCUGCUUAUUGGGGUUGCCAGCUUACUAGAAUAGUACAAGAUGCAUUUGAAUUGUGACAAUAGAGCAAGUUCAGAACCAAGCGGCAAACCCAAUUUCAGCUUAUGCAGCCAUUGCCUUCCUAAACCUUGCUUUGUCAGAAGCUCAGAGAUCAGAUCUGGAAAGAAAUUAUGCUAAUUCAUCCCAUCAAGAAUAACUACCAGGAGUAGUUGGGGCAGUGCUGCAGAGCUACCCACCUAACACAGUAAUCACCGUCACUUACUGGGAUGAUGCAGGGCAGGGCAGUGUGCAGGGUUGGGGCUGUGCAAGCACACCAAUGGAUGCUCCCACCAGUGUGCACACACAGCCUUGUUCUAGCUGCUGCCUUGCCCUGGUAAGACACCUCCCCACUGCACUGCCUGCUCUUGCUAACUAUGUCGCUGAAGCAUCCUUUAUUUAUUUUCUUAGAGUUAGAGCCCCCUUUUUUCCUGUCAUUGGACCCAAGGCAGUCACCUAUCCAGAUAUUGAUCAGACUCACUUAACUUCAGCAAGGUGAUGGCUUCAUGUAUCUUCAGACCAUACCAGCAGAGCAUCCUCAUUAGAUCCUGUGACUGAAAGACGCCUCCUUCAUUUCAGGUUGACUGAGAAAGAUGUCCUUUUGUUUUUCAGGUCGAGAAACUAGAGGAAGUUCUUUAUGUUAAAGAAAGGUGUGUGGAACAGGACAUGUACGGACCAGUUCUGCAAGCAAACAGGUACAGUGUUCUUCCCGUUACAGCCCCCAGUCUCUUCUUUGUAGAUGAGGGAAUGUUUGCUUUUGAAUUCAGGAUAAAUGAGAAUUGUUUGCUAUUUGAAAGGCAGUAUAGGUGUGUUCAAACAAACCCCUCCACCUGUACAAUGGCGGAGGGUGUGUUCCCGCUACCCUCUUGUGCAGUCAUGGAACUUGCAAGAUUGUUCAUUUGAAUGCCUACUUUGUUACUGUAUUAUUUAGUCCAUAAGAGUCCUUGCCGUCUUUGUGACUUUCAUUGAGCAGGCCCAUUCAGGUCAAAUAUUAGCUUUUGCGAAAUGCAGGGAUUAGGUAACACUGGGUUAUACCCAGUACUGAUGUUCCACUAGUGCAGUAGACUUCCAUUUGCACAAGGGAACUUUCCCCAUUCCUCCUCUCCAGACCCCUGUGCACUCUCCAGACACGCCCCUCCAAGUAUCUUUUGAAGGUGCACAGUGAGAGGAGAGGAAGAAGUCUCUUUCUGUCACCCCCUUCUCUCUCUCGCAGACUGCUGAGAGUAGAACAAAUCACUCUUCUUAGAAGUGUGAACCAAUCACUUGGCAGAGGUUCUCCCCAAAUCUUCCUUUUCUUAUUCUGAGCUACCUGGGGCUAGUCCAAGACAUUUUGAUGCUUGAGGCAAAGCACAAAAUGGUACUCUGCUCCCUGCCAGGGAAGAAGGGGAGCGGGAAGAUCUACAUAAGGAACAAAGGGGGAAUAAAGAUCCCUUUUAGGAUCUUCUGCCUAUGGAUCCUGUCACCCGAGGCAAUCGUCUCAACUUGCCUCAUGGGUGGGCUGGCCCUGCCCCUUACCCCAUGAAAUUAGGCUGAAAGCCACCGGUUGCCCUCCCCACCCUUAUGCGUUGCUAAUGAAUUUCACAACUGACAAUUCGAAGCAUUAGAACUCAUUGUGGAAACAGCCAAUGAAACAUUUUCAUGAAAGCAAAUAUUCUGGGACAUGGACCCCUGGGUAAGACAGGAAAUUAAGUUUGGGCUAAGUAGCUUAGCAUUGUUCUACUUCCUGAAUAAUGAGUGUGGAUUGUUUCUUCCUCAGAGGAAAGGGGAGAUAGUUCGUUGUAUUGCAGUGGUAACAUUUCAGGUGAAAGGCCAAGUUGUCUGCGUCAUAGAGCACAUAAUUCAGCUGAGACAGAAGGAUUUAGCUUUUGAGAAUGAACACUGAUUCAUCUGGACAGAAGAAAAUUAUUUUUGUAGUGCACUUGUCUGUGGAUUAUUGAAAGGGAGGCAGCGCAGUGUUGCUGACUGAUCAAUGAGGAUUUGAACUAAAAACGCUGAUAAAAGAAACAUGCUUUAGCCAACAAAUGAAAUAUACUGCAUUCCUUUGGUUGGCUUUACAAUCUUGUUUGUGAGUUUCAGGGUGCAUUUUUAAAAAUAACUUUUUAUUGGGUUUUAUAAACAAGGAUCAUAAUAAAUGAUACAAAUAAAUAGACCAAGUCUUCUUGUCAUGUGUAAUAUCUGCAACAUAUGGUUCAUUAUUAGCGUUCAGUGUGUAAGUUCUUGGUUUGUGAAUUGGUUUAAACAAAAAAACAAAGGGGAAACAGGGUAGAACAGGGUUAACAGAUAACGUUCAACAUCGCAGCGCUAAACACCUUGUAAUCAGAAACCCUUGUGUUUGUGCUUAGAUUAAAUAUGAGUAGCAGUCAUUUUCCUCUUAUGUUACCAGUGAAACAAUAUAAAUUCUUGGUAUAUUGAUGAACAUGGGAGGCAGGGUCAAAGUGAAGAUAAUAAAAUUAUUAAUAGCAGGGGCUUUUUCUCCAGGCUGUUUUUCUGGGUCUUGAAGCAGAGCUUAGAGUUUAUGUAGAUAUACUUCUUUCUUCCAUGUCCACGUGUGUAUUUAAGAUGAGGAAAACGAUCUGAUGGCUAAUUGAGUGCAGAUAAAAAAGAGGGCUGGAAAGAAAGCUACCAUAAAUUUCUAUGGUUUUUGCUUAAUGCAGAAUUGUGAAUGGGAACAGAUCAAUCCAUGGCCAAGGAGGAAUGCACAUAUAACAUAUGCUUUCUAUGGUACUUAGCUUGAUAGCCUAGAAAGAAAGAAAAACCAUGCAGUUUAAUAUUGUUUUUAAAAUCAGAGCCCUUGGAGUUUCAAAAGCAAGUCUUCUCAAGCAUAUAUUAUAGAAGUGUAACUGUCCUCCCCCCGGAUGCCACUUUACAGUCUUCUGCUGCUCAUGAAGAAGCUGGCUGUUUCCUUCUGUUUGCACUUUGUGCCUGUUGAUAUGUUUUAUUAGUACAUAUUUGAAAUGUGGCUUGAUCAGAUCUUUCUGCUGUGCCUUUGAUGCACACCUGUAUUGCUACGUCCUUUGAUGCACAGCAUGACAGAAAGUAAUGUAGCCAACUGUGUGAGAGCUAGCACUGAUUCAACAAUGGGACUGAAACCUGAUUCGAUGUAGUUAUACAGUAGUUACAAAGCACUACAUCAAGCACUAAGCUGGUGUAACAGGAAACCUUGUUCUUGCACUGACUAGUCCCUGUGCAAAUGAAAUCUUUGUUCCACCACUGCAAGGCUGCCCUACUCCAUCUGCUGGGGGAGGAGCUGAAGCCAUGACACUGUAGCAGCAGUACCUGCAAGGAUCAUUGUCAAAGCAAUGAUUCUUCAACAUCAACUUUGUUGGACUGGGCAUGUUGUUUGGAUGUCUGAUUAUCGUCUUCCAAAGCAACUACUCUAUUCUGAACUUAUAAAUGGAAAGCGUAAUGCUGGUGGUCAACAAAAGAGGUUUAAAGGCUCUCUGAAGGCAAAUCUUAAAAAAUGUAAACACCGACAAUUGGGAAACACUGGCCUGUGAGCGCUACAACUGGAGAACAGCCUUUACCAAAGAUGUUGUGGACUUUAAAGACGCUCGAAGUCAGGACAAAAGGGAGAAAUGUGCUAAGAGGGAGGCACGUUUGGCAAACCCUCACCAUGAUUAACUCCCACCCGGAAACCUAUGUCCCCACUGUGGAAGGACAUGUGGAUCUAGAAUUGGUCUCCACAGUCACUUACAGAUUCACUGUUAAGACUGUGUUCAUGGAAGACAAUCUUACUCAGCUACGCCAAAAAGAAGACCUGCAAGCCCCUUGCAUGGAGCAGCUUUGGCAUCCAAGAGACUGACUUGAGGCAAAUAGGAUGGAGAAAGAGGCAAGGCUGUGCACGACAUUUGUAUCAGCAUUGCUCUGACAAAUGAGUGGGGAUUUUAUUCAGGCAAAUGGAGUGAAGUUUCAUGGUUGUUUUCGCUGCUGAAGUGCAAGCCUUCCUAGCACUCUGACCUUGGGCAUUAUUGAUCCACUGUCCCCAGCAGAAUGCAAGAGGGCAUUUUCCUACUUCAGCUACUAUCUGUUGAUGAAUCUGUUUGUGCUUAUGGCAGACAGCUGUUGAUUUGGCUAAAUUAGUGACAAGUCAGAUUGAGGUCAGAAAUCCACUAAUAGACUCUUCUGCAUUUUUGUUAUUGUGCUGUUUUGGAGGUUGGCAGAGUAGUGCUCUGAGGAAUGUUGUUUAACCCUUCCUUCCCAUGCCCCUUUUCUGAUGGAGUUGCUAAUAGUUUCCUGUCUUUAGCCUCCUUUUGGAGCUAAUAAUAGCUUGGGAGGGGAAAGCAAUUUGCACUAGAGAAAACACAUAGGAAGAAAGGGUGAAACUUUCCCAGAGCUGAUCUUCAAAGUCACUGUAAGCAAAACAGGAGCUGAAAGAUCCUAAUCGUGGAUGUCCCACAUCACAUUUGAUUUGGCCCCGUGCCAAGAUAUCUUUGUCAUCUUCUUCGUGCAUUAUUUUAGGCUAGUAUUCAUCACCUUCUGUGCUUCAUCACAGAACUGGAUUGUUAACUCAGUGUUCUUUUCUUUUCUUUUUUUAAAGCUUAUAGUUAUGAAGCAUGUGUAGAGCUACAGCUGUAGUAGUUAACGUGUUCCUGGGUAGGAAACUGAUAGUACAAUUCUCUGGAAGCAAGUCCAGUUGACUUUAAUGGGGCAUUCCCAGAUCUAGGAUUCUAGCCUGGGGUUCACAUUCCUGCUUAGCCCUUGAUCUUGGCUGGGGUAACAUUAUUUCUUGCUUCUAAGGUUAUUAGUCACAGAGUUAUUGUGCAAAUAAAAUAUGAUUGCCCCAUGUAUGCAAUCCUGAGCUCCAUGGAGGAAGAGUGAGAUUCAAGUAUGACAAAGACAGAUCUAUUCAGGAGAGAGAGAGAGAGAGAGUUUUUAAUAGUGGUUUCUGUUUUGUUUCCAUAGCAGAAAACUGCAUCUUUCUGAACACACCAGCAAAACUGUCUACCCAGCCCCACAGAAACAAAAGGAGUCUCUUGUCUUUAAGCUGGACUGGAAGAAUCCAACUCAAGAAGCCAAGGAGCACUUUGAAAGUUGUUCUAUUGCUGCUGUGAAACCUGUUAAUGCUCAGGGGCCAACCUGGACAAGUAUCCAGGAAAAUGAAAUCACGAUUGUCACCAUUCAUGUACAUUGCAGGCCCUGA